CAAAAACAAGAAAAAUUUGCCGGCAGAAAGAAGCGGCCGGUUUGUGUAUGUGAAUGUUUCGAAGGAAAAGUGUGAAUCCAGGCUGUGACAGUUGCAUAUUUUGAUGCAAAAUUAAACUUUUAACAGUAUAGAAGAUGCCUCAUCACAGACAUAACAAAAAUCAUAAAGGAAAUAAAGAAGAUACGAAUAAUAACGUGCAACAGAAUGCCCCAGAUAGAAACGCCAACGUGCGUGAUGCUCAAAAUGGCCACCAGUUUGCCUGUUGUUCACCGACUGCAUGUCUGUUUCCGGACGAGACCAUAGACACAAGGGACCCUGGGGAUGCGGUAAGAGUUUACUGCAACAAUGACCAAUGCACACUGGGUAACUGGAUGCACGGAGAUUGUUUCAUUGAAUGGGAGGAUACCGUCUUGGCGUAUCUAAAAUCGUGCGGGCGUGCUCGAAGCUGGAGCGAAAAGCAGCGUCUACAGAAUCUGUGGACCAAAAAGGGGUACGACCUUGCAUUCAAGGCCUGCGAUUGUAAGUGUAGCCGUGGACACCUGAGGAAGGAUCUGAAUUACGUGCCACCGCCCAAGCCUGUUGACAAUGUACCGAAGCCCAAAAAGAAGAGCAAGAAGAAGAACGACAAACCAGUAGCUGUAGUAAGCAACGGAAAACCAGGCCACUCACCCAGCGUGAAUUCGAACCAUGGUCAGUCCGCGCCGGUCAAUAUAAACCACUUUAACAACCUAAACAACCAUAAUGUAACCGCAACCAGUCCAACCAAUGGCAGCAACUUUACAUGUAGCUCUAGUCUUCCAGCGAGGAGCAGCCCCAUCAACACCCCCCUCGUAAACGGAUUCGCGCACAUGCGUUUACGUACCAACAGCUGUGAAAGCGCCGUUAGCACCGGCAGCUCGCCCCCGAAUUCUGCAGGGUCCACUGGAUCCGCCUCGCCUAUACCACAGUCCCCUGUCAUCAAUGGCAACUUUUUGUUCGCCAAACAACAGAAACCCAAGUUCGACUGCCCACCUGACGCCACUCUCCAGGCCGGAGCCUAUUUCCGGCGCCGCGUGGACAUGUCAGCGUUCAGUAUUCUACCAAAACACAAGCAGAAUCCGUACCAUAUAAAAAUGGAGGAGGAUAGUCAAGGCAACGACGAAACAAGGUCGUUUGUGCUAACCCAUUUGAGCUCGUACAAAGUUAGCGCCCUCAACUGUGUGUUGUGCAAGACUGUCCUUCCAGUUUUCGACCGCUAUCCAAUGAUCGACGGAACCUUCUUUUUGUCUCCGCAGGCUUACGGCGAAAACGUCGUUCAGGUGAUUUCGGACGGACGCCUGCAGUUCAUCAACGCCGUCUGCGUAGGAUGUCUAGAGGGAGGUUCCGAUAUACGCUGCGCCGCCUGCAAGAAGAAAUGGGACGGAAGCACGCUGUUGCUAGGCACCAUGUAUUCGUAUGACAUCUUCGCCGCCAUGCCCUGCUGUCAGAAGCGAUUGACGUGCAAGCACUGUAGACGCGCCGUCGUCGACGUCAAUACCGGCCUGUCGUUCUACAGCGAGUAUAGCCGCAUGAUAACGUGUCCCUACUGCAAGGCGUACGACUAUCACUUCAUACGACCCAUGUCGGACACGUUCGUCGUCAAGCAGCCUAUAUGGAACUGAACCUUAGCGUCUCCGUAGAUUUUAUACUCCAACAAACUGUCUUUUGCAAUAUCACCUUAAACUUGAUUUUUUUUCAUGACUUUUACAUGUAUGCGUUACUGAUGUAUGAAAACUACUCAUUAUUAUUUUUUUUUUUAAGAUUUGAAGUUGGAUUGAGGAACUGUUCGGAAUGUUCUACGGAGAGGCAUUAUCUUGUAUAAUAGCGGUCAAGUUUGUAGAUUUUCACGUGUUAUAGCAUUUUGUUUGGUUCUAGAACCGUAAAUGGAGGAAGGCAUUUGAUGGUGUGUUUAACAAAUAAUUUGGUGCAUAUUCCAUAUCGUUAUUUUGGAUUUUGUCAUAGUGUAAUGUUAAUGUGUAAGAUAUGUAGUUUCUAUACAUAUACACGCAAAUGGGAAUUGCCAUAUUUACUUUUGACAUAUUCUUUGACUACUGGCAGGACAUGGAAGCAUGUGUUUACAUAUACAAGUGCCUGUAUAUACAGAUUCCUCCCUGCUAUUUUUAUGCGACGCCAUAAACCCAUACUCAGCACACGGCUUGUAACUGUAUCAUUGAAAUUUCAAAAACUUUGAAAAAAAAAAUGCUGGCAAAAAUGCAACUUCGUUGGAAUAAAAGUGAAAGCUUAAAGGACAUGACAAGUUUGGAAAGCGUAAUGCCUGGUAGAGGUUAAAGUAAGCAUAUUGAAGACUUCGCUAGGCAGCAAUUUUUGUUUAUAUAUUAACCAAUUACUUAUGUAUUCUCAAUUUGUUAUGGUGAAAUAUUUUUGGAUACGUGCGUAAUUUGACGUCCAUGUUUGUUAAAGAGUCGGUCGAUUUUUUUUCAAAGUGACUAUCGCAGAAUAGCUUGGAUGUAUGGAAAAGACGAACUGUAUAAAUGGCAUUUCACUAUGUUUUCUAUGUUAUUUUGAUAAUUAAAUGUUAAGAAUAUAAGA